GCUCCUUUUGCCCAUAAGAUAUUCUGGAUGACUGGUGUGGUGCAUCAAACCUCAUUGUCAGACUGUUAGUUUAUUUCUGCCUCAAAGCUCAAGAUUCUAGUGACUCUCAACUUGUUUUUGCAGAGAUGGGAUCCGUGGAAAGAUCAAAGAAGAAAGCCCAAUAUUGGCAAAGAGCCAUUCUCCGUUUCUCUGUAUGCCUGGUUAUCGGUUUCUUCGCAGGCUUCGUUCAGACAAUUAAGGCCUCCACUUUUGCCGGUCGUGUUGCUGGUACCUCAGAUAAAGCGGAUUUCUCUCCUCAGACAGCGCUGAAAUCUAGGAUAAGCAUCGUCAACGCAAGUUCGAAAACCGAGAAACUGGCCGUGGCAGCUGUAGCUGGAGGAGAGGAUGAGUUACAGGAAGAAGAAGAAGAGGUAGUCAAAUUGAUUCCAAGAAGACUCCUCAUAAUUGUCACACCCACAAGGACAAAAGACAAGUUUCAAGGGGUGUUCCUAAGAAGGUUGUCCCACACCUUGAGACUUGUUCCUGCGCCAUUGCUCUGGAUCAUUGUGGAGCGGCAAUCCGAAUCCAAUGAAGUAUCGGGAAUACUCAAGAACACCGGCAUUAUGUACCGGCAUUUGGUCUCCAGGGAGAACUUCUCCGACCCGGAAGCAGAAACCGAUCAUCAGUUCAACGUUGCUCUACGGCACAUCGAGCACCACCGGAUAAGCGGGAUCCUCCAUUUUGCGAUGACUUCGAAUGCUUAUGACUUGGACUUCUUUGAGGAGCUCAGGGAGAUAGAGGUGUUGGGGAAGUGGCCAGUGUGCAAACCUACUUCACAAGCUAGAGGUUGGCAUUAUGAUGGCGACCAGAGCAAUGACACAGACCCAAGGCCUCCAUUGAUGAUGAUUCAUCCUUCAAGUUUUGCAUUCAACAGUUCGAUUCUGUGGGACCCCGAAAGAUGGGGUCGAUCUUCAUCAUCCGCUCAUCCCACCGCCGUCACGGCCAAUGCCGCCCAGGAUCUGUUGAAGUUUAUGAAGCAAAUUGUCCUUGAGGACGACACGAAACCAAAGGGUGUUCAAGCAAUAGAUUGCUCCAACAACAUGGUCUGGCAUCAGGAAAUCCAGAUUGAUGUCGGGAUGUCGAAAAUCGAACAGUUACGAGGAAAAUCCAAAGACGUGCAACCGAAGCAUUGA